AUGGUGGAGUUAAUGCAAAGAGCACCUUUAGCCAAACACAGUACCAUUAGUGCCGUCUUAGCUCUGGGACUGAUUCCAUGGGUUGAGUCUCUAAAAUGCAAGGGCUUCCCAGGUGGCGCUAGUGGUCAAGAACCUAUAUGCCAAUGCAGGAGACUUAGUGAGACGUGGGUUCGAUCCCUGGGGCCGGGACGAUCUCCCAGAGGAGGGCGUGGUAACCCACUCCAGUAUUCUUGCCUGGACAAUCCCCAUGGACAAGAGGAGCCUGGCAGGCUGCAGUCCCUGGGGUCCCAGAAGAGUCAGACACGACUGAAGUGA